GAGGCGCUCGGAGCGGCCAGGCCGGAGCGGGCGGAGGGAGCGCGGACGCCCGGGGGACGCCCCCAAGAUGACUCAGUUCCUGCCCCCCAACCUCCUGGCCCUGUUUGCCCCCCGGGACCCCAUCCCCUACCUGCCCCCCCUGGAGAAGCUGCCCCAUGAGAAGCAUCACAACCAGCCCUACAGCGGCAUCGCUCCCUACAUCCGCGAGUUCGAGGACCCCCGAGAUGCUCCCCCCCCAACCCGGGCUGAGACGCGGGAGGAGCGCAUGGAGCGCAAGCGUCGCGAGAAGAUCGAGCGAAGGCAGCAGGAGGUGGAGUCUGAGCUCAAGAUGUGGGACCCACACAAUGACCCCAACGCUCAAGGAGAUGCCUUCAAAACCCUCUUUGUGGCCAGAGUGAACUACGACACGACGGAGUCCAAGCUGCGCCGGGAGUUCGAGGUCUACGGCCCCAUCAAGAGGAUCUACAUGGUGUACAACAAGCGCUCUGGCAAGCCCCGCGGCUACGCCUUCAUCGAGUACGAGCACGAGCGGGACAUGCACUCCGCCUACAAGCACGCGGACGGGAAGAAGAUCGACGGCCGCAGGGUGCUGGUGGACGUGGAGAGGGGACGGACGGUGAAGGGCUGGCGGCCUCGGCGCCUCGGUGGUGGCCUCGGGGGUACCAGGCGAGGCGGCGCCGACGUCAACAUCCGGCACUCGGGCAGGGAUGACACCUCCCGAUACGACGAGAGGGACCGGGAGCGGGAGCGGGAACGGGAGCGCCGGGAACGCUCCCGGGAUCGCGACCGGCGCCGGUCCCGCUCCCGGGAGCGCCGCAGACGGACCCGGAGCCGGGAGAAAGAAGAAAGGGACCGGAAACGGGGGGGGAGCCGAGACCGGAGCAAGGAGCGGGACCGGAAACGCCGCAGCCGCUCGCGGGAGCGCAGCAAGCGGGAGCGGGAGCGGGAGCGGGACAAGAAGGAAGACGGCCCCGAAGGCGUGGAUCCGAACGAGGAGCUGGGGAGCGGGGCGGGCAUGGGGGGCGGGGGCAGCGAUUCCGGGGCCCUGGAAAACUUCGGCUCGAAGGAAGGCGACGACAAAAACCGGGACCGGGACCGCGACCGGCGCCGCAGCCACCGCGACCGCGACCGGCGCCGGGACAGGGACAGGGAGCGGGAGAGGAGUGAGAGGGAUCACAAACGGGAGAGGGAGAGGAGGGGAGGGGGGGGAGGUGACGAGAGACCCCCCCCCAAUAUUCCCGAAGGGGGGGGCGGGGGCGGGGCGGGGGGAGCCGCGGGAGACUCCCUGGGUACCGAAUCCGGCUCCGAACUCUUCCUCCAGCCGGAUCCCCUCCAGGCCCCCCACGACGGCUACCUGGGGGCUGAAAAUGGCUACUUGAUGGAGCCCCCACUCGAGUGAGGACCCCCAAAAA